AUGCAAUCACCUUGGCUCUUUUCAGACGUCACAGUUUGUGUAGGCGUGCGUCGUUCUUUUUAUUCACUACUCUUUCUUCAUGCUCGUCUGCAUUUGUAUAUACCUUGUUCUUUUCUUUUUUCUUUUUUCUUCUGCAUUCUGCCUAUCCUCUUUUCCUCUGCUUUACUUUUUCGUCAGUUCAUUUACUCCUUUUUUCUCUCUCUCUCACUAAUCUCUCGGCUAUCUCCUCUUUUUCUCCUUUCAAUCUCUCUCUCUCUCUUUCUCUUUUCAAUCUCUCUCUUUUUCUCUUUUCAAUCUCUCUCUCUCUCUUCCUCCUUUCAAUCUCUCUCUCUUUUCUCUUUUCAAUCUCUCUCUCUUCUUCUCCUUUCAAUCUCUCUCUCUUUUUCUCUUCUCAAUCUCUCUCUCUUUCUCUUUUCAAUCUCUCUCUCUCUUCUUCUCCUUUUAAUCUCUCUCUCUCUUUUUCUCUUUUCAAUCUCUCUCUCUCUCUGUUUCAUUCUAUAUGUGUACCUAGUUCUGUAUUUUUGUUCAUUUCGAAUGUCUCUCACUCUAUCUCAUUCCAUCUCCUACGAACUUGCUCUCUCUUAUUUUCCUUGUCUUUCUCUCUCCCCCCUACACCCAAGCUCACAUUCAUUCUCAAAUUUUCUUCUUUUCUCCUCUUUUUUUCACUCUCUCGUGUGUACUUCUUUCUACAGUUUGCUUCGUCUUCUUGACUUUUUCAUUUACUCAUUAAUAAUUCUCCCCAUAUCAUCCCUCUCUCCCUCUCCCUCUCUCUCUCCUUCCCUCUCUCUCCCUCUCCCUCUCACUCUCUCUCCCUAUCUCCCUCCCUCUCUCUACCUCUCUCUUUCCCUCCCUCUCUCUCCCUCCCUCUCUCUCUUCCUCUAUCUCCUUUCUCCAUCCCUCUCUCUCUCCCUCUCUCUCCCCCCUCUCUCUCUCUCUCUCUCUGCCUCAUUGCUUCUUUUAUCCCAACUUUUCUUAAAUUUCACUCAGUACACACAGACAUAG